AUGGCUUGGUUCUACUCGCCGAUGACAGGCUCUGGUGAUAGCUGGUACUCUGGAGUACUCAAAGGAGCUCAAGAACUCAUCGGAUCAGGAUCGAAGGAUGCACACCCGAUCUGGCUCGCACAGUCUCCGCAGUACUCCAUGUCGGUACAGGGGCAGCAGGUCGUUAUACUCGAGACCGGAGGCGUGCAUCAUGGUCAUGACUGGAUUGUGCGUCCUGACGGCUUGAUCCUUUUCGCUUCAUCACCUGAUCUGGCUUUGUCUGUGGACGGGCCGCUGCAGAACGGCAGCCAAGUCGUCUUGAGACGACAUAGUGGAAAGCCGGAGCCCUUCAACCAGUGGCGGUGGGACGGCAGCGGGAUGCUGACGCUCGCCGACAAUCCCAGCUUCGACUUGAACGUCAGGGACGGGCGGAUUCACAACGGCGCCAGCGUCAUCGUGUGGCAGACGCAAAAGGCCGCCAAGCACAACACCUGGGCUUCCGAGGCAGAAGGCUCCCAAGGAUCCUCUGCAAGCUUAAGUGUGAAAGUCCCGUUCUGGCUCAGAGUGGUGGGCUCACGCGGUGACCCCAACACGCUUUGGUCCUCUUUGGCCGGUGGCGUCUCCGCACAAACAGGAUACGUGUCCUGCUCCUCCGCAAUGAAUCGAGAUACAGAUUCUUCCUGGAUGUAUGUGCAUGACGACUACUACCACUCUGAGCACGUGACCUUCCUCAAGGUGCCCUACGGCAGCAACUUCAUUUUGAAGGCCGUCGAGAAGCCCUUGGCGAAAGGUUCCAAAAAGACUAAUUUGGGUUACUUGGCCUGCACGGAGCGAAUAGAGUUGGACAGACGAGACGCUCACUCCACAUACGCAUAUGUCCACAAGGACAAGAGCCACGGCACCCAGUUCGUGGAGGAAAUUUGCGCAGGUGGCUUUAUGCUAAAGGCUUUGGAUGGACAUGGAGGCUACCUGAGCUGCGUUCAGCAGACAUCCGAAGAUCAGAAUGAUGCCCGAUCUACCUUGCUGUAUGUCCAGAAGCAGAACCCAAAUCUGGCAGCUGUUUUCGUGGCCCAUUCCACCGAGGACGGACAGACUUCAUUUCUGGUAAAAUACGGAAAAGCCAUUCUCUGCUGUGCGCUCAUACUGGUCCUCUUCGCUGGUAUCUGGCUUGCAGUUCUGCUGGCCGGAUCUUCUGAUUCCGAAGUCUCUGCUGACUUUCUGGCAACACCGAGACCACUUCAGAUCAAUGUUCCCUACGAUUGCCUUCACCAACAAGAGAAAUACUGGAGUCAUGCCAAGAAGGCCUGGUGCUGUGAACACCACCAGCUUGGAUGUCCGACUACGACUCCCAAGUCCACCGUGGUUCCACAGGCGUCGAAUUUUGCCGGGAUUUCGUCAAGACCCCAAUCAGACGAUCAAGACUGCUAUGCAGACGUGUUGUACUGGCAAAGUGCCUGGACUCUGCGCAAGCAGAACUGGUGUUGCGAAAAUCACGGCAUUGGCUGCAGGGCGUCCUUGCACAGCGACGCCUAUGACUGUGAGAUUAGCCCGGGCAGAGGGACGUCUGCAUGGUCUUAUCGGAGACAGCUGUGGUGUUGCAUGCACUACGCCCGCGGAUGCCCAUCGCAGUACGAGGUUGGCCAUUCCAGCAAGCCGCUUUACGACUGCACUACGGGCUAUUCUGAUAGUUGGCUAGCCGAACAGAAGGCGUGGUGCUGUUAUCAUGCUGCGGUGGCAUGCCCGGACAGACCUGGGGCACGCUACAAUUGUGAUGCAGGCUAUGAGAACUGGCUUCACGGCUGGUCUCAGGCAAAGAAGGUGUGGUGCUGCUUCCAUCACGAUCGUGGCUGCGACGAUUCGGACAGUACCAAGUAUGACUGCAACACUGGCUAUGAUAACUGGGAGGUCGGCUGGUCAGGCAGCAAAAAAGAUUGGUGCUGCCAGAACGAGCAAAAAGCUUGCUCGAAGCCUGAAGAGGAAACCAGCGAGCAGCUGGGAUGA